GGAGCAGAGCGGGACAUGGCCGAGGCGGGGCCUGGGGAGGUGUGCGGCGGGAGCGAGGGGCUGCGGCCGCUGGAGCGGUUGCCAGGUGACACACGGGAGCUGCUGGAGGAGGUGGAGAUGCAGAUCAGCGACGCCGCCUGCUCGCUGGCAAAGGUCCUGGAGGCGACGUCGGCCGUGUCGGCGCAGGUGGAGGAGCUCGCCACCAAGUGCUCGGAGAACGCGCGGUUCCUCAGGACAUGGCGGGACCUGCUGAGGGAGGGGUACGAGUCCCUGAAGCCCAGCGGCUGACCCUGCCCCGCCGCGGCUCCCCGGCCUGCGAUGCGCCUUGUCUUGAGCGGCGCCUUUAAGGGAGUUCUCGUGAGUUUCCGUUUUCCCUCAGCGCCCCGUGAGCUCGGAGGUCUCUCACAAACACUUGAUGGCUCGUAUGGGUACUGUGUGUAAGUCACGGAGUAGAAUAACUUUGUUUAGGGAAUCACUUUUGACUUCUGGACUCUUCCGUUACUGUUAAGCAAUCUCACACAUGAGAUACUUUAACCUUCCCUUUUUAAUUCCUCUCGUUUAUGUGCUGGAUAAGAAGUUAACGUGUGGUACAUUCAAACCUCGUUACUGGUGGGGAAGAGGUGUCCUGCGAGGAGCUGUUGUCAGUCCUCCUUUUUAACAGUUGUCACCAGCAUAAACCCUGCCAACUCCAGAGAAACUCGCUUAAGUAACUUCACUCUCUGAAGUUCACUUUCAUUUCACUCCCUGCAGUGAAAAAGCACAAUUUUUGUUCGUGUCGAGGAUGGGAUAAUGUGGCAAGCCAUGUCUCAGUUUACAAGCUUUAGGUAAGCCCUAUAUCCCGAACCUUACUAUUUUAAGCAGUGUUGCAGUGUGUUUCUAUAAAGCUACAGCUGUUUUGCAAGAUGCUUCAUUACUGUAAACAAUUUCACAAUAUUUUUUGUUGUAAUAAAGUGCCUUACGGUGGACCAUAUAUCUCUGUCUGAUAAAAGUUUAACAGCAUUGUUUGCUGAUAGGAUGGCUUAUUUUGACCUGUAAGUAAAAGCUUCCAUCAGUUGGGAAAGAACCUGUGAAAUGUAUUGCCUGGGAAACACUAUAAAGCCUUUUUAGCAUUUGGUCCUAUUUUUUUUUUGUCUUUGCCUUAAGCAGUUACUAGUUACUCUAGAGCUUACUGUUAACAGACCUUUUGGUCUGCAAGAUUGCUAAUCUGUAAUAAAUACCUGUACUGAAA